AGCUAAAGCUUCAUCAACCUAACAAGGAAAGAAAAAAAAAAAAGAACCCUGUAAGAAUGAGAAAAGUUAGAUUUAUUUGCUCUACUCUUACCUAUCAGCUUCUUCUAUUGUUUUUAAUAAUUCUGAAAACUGUUUCAUCUAAAGAAGAAGAAACAAAGAAUUUUUACAUUGUUUACUUGGGAGAUGGUCCUUUGAGCCAAGCCUCUGCAGCUCGAAAACACUUGAGCCUUCUCAGCUCUGUCAAGGCAAGUGAACAUGAUGCUAAAGAGUCCAUGAUUUAUAGCUAUACAAAGAGCUUCAAUGCCUUUGCUGCAAAGCUAUCUAAAGAUGAAGCCGAAAUGUUAAUGGAAGUGGAUGAAGUGGUUUGUGUGUUGCCAAAUCGAUAUCACAAGCUACACACAACAAAAUCAUGGGACUUCAUUGGGUUUCCACAAACAGCUAAAAGAAAUUUGAAGCUCGAGAAAAACAUUGUUGUGGGUAUGCUAGAUACAGGAAUCACACCACAGUCAGAUAGCUUUAAGGAUGAUGGAUUUGGUCCACCACCCCAUAAUUGGAAAGGAACAUGCCACCAUUUUCAAAAUUUCUCAGGAUGCAACAACAAGCUAGUAGGAGCUAAAUACUUCAAGCUUGAUGGUAACCCCGACCCAGCUGACAUUCUAUCACCUAUAGACGUGGAUGGGCAUGGCACCCACACAUCAUCAACCUUAGCAGGAAACCUAGUCCACAACGCGAGCCUUUUUGGGCUAGCCAAAGGCACUGCUCGUGGUGCAGUGCCUUCGGCUAGGAUAGCUAUAUACAAAGUAUGCUGGGUCAGCUCAGGAUGUGCCGACAUGGACAUCCUCGCUGCAAUGGACGAUGCUAUCACCGAUGGUGUGGAUGUUAUAUCCAUAUCCAUAGGUGGGGCGACUGAGGAUUUUGUCACUGAUUCUAUAUCGGUCGGUGCAUUCCAUGCCUUGAAGAAGGGAAUUAUCACGGUGGCUUCUGCUGGGAACGAUGGCCCGAGCUUGGGUUCUUUGUCUAACAAUUCUCCAUGGCUUCUUACUGUGGCAGCCACUGGGAUUGAUCGACAAUUUAGGAGUGCAGUCAAGUUGGGAAAUGGACAAAGUUUCUCGGGGAUUGGGAUUAACUUAUUUGGUGCAAACGAAAAAUUUUACCCCAUUGUCAGUGGGGCUGAUGUUUCCAUGAAUGCAGGAAGCAAGGAAUUAGCAAGGUUCUGUUAUGGUAACACAUUGGAUCCUGCAAAGGUAAAAGGACGGCUUGUUUACUGUAUGCUAGGCCAGUUUGAUGCUGAUUCUGUUGUUAAAGGAAUUGGAGGAAUCGGCACAGUGGUCGAAAGCGAGCAAUACCUUGAUACUGCUCGUAUUUUUAUGGCACCGGCCACCGUGGUCAAUAUGACUGUAGGGGAAACUAUAGAUAAAUAUAUACAUUCCGCAAGCAGAUCAGCUUCAGCAGUGAUAUACGGGUCACAUGAAGUCAAAGUUUCAGCUCCUUUUGCUGCUUCAUUUUCAUCUAGGGGCCCAAAUCCAGGCUCACAACAUCUUCUCAAGCCUGAUAUUGCAGCCCCUGGUGUGGACAUCUUGGCAGCUUACACUCUUAUGAAUUCCCUCACCGGGUUAAAAGGUGACACCCAGCAUUCAAAGUUCACUCUCAUGUCUGGCACUUCCAUGGCCUGCCCGCAUGUUGCUGGUGUAGCCGCCUAUGUAAAGUCAUUUCACCCUACUUGGACACCAGCUGCAAUCAGAUCUGCAAUCAUGACCACAGCAAAACCGAUGAGCCGGAGGGUGAACAAGGAUGCCGAAUUCGCCUAUGGUGCCGGCCAAUUGAAUCCUACCAAAGCCAUAAACCCUGGCCUUAUCUAUGACAUGGACGAGAUGUCUUAUAUUCAAUUCCUAUGUCACGAAGGCUACAGCGGAUCAUCUAUAGCUCAUUUAGUGGGCACAAAGUCCAUAAAUUGCUCCUCGUUGCUUCCUGGAUUUGGCUACGAUGCCCUUAACUACCCAUCAAUGCAACUUAACAUGAAAAAUGGCAAACAGCAAAGUGUAGGUGUUUUCAUGAGAAGAGUGACCAAUGUAGGUCCAGCAUUGGUGUAUAAUGCUACCAUUAAAGCUCCCAAAGGAGUGGAAAUCACAGUUAAGCCCAAAAGCCUAAUCUUCAGUCGUAGCUUGCAGAAACGAAGUUUUAAGGUGGUGGUGAAGGCAAAACCAGUGGCAAGCACUGCAUUUACGGUGCUAUCAGCUUCGCUUGUAUGGAAAAGCACUCGCCACACUGUGAGAAGUCCUAUUGUAAUCUAUACUCUCCAAGACUAAAAUAUUACUAGUCAUAUAUAAAAGGGGCCAUGCAAGUGCAACCCGUUCUAUA